GCUUAUGGUAGAAUCUCUUCAAGUGUGAAAGGCUACCGGAAUAUGGAUCUAUUUAUUCAGCAAACAGAUGGGAAGAAAAUUGUGGAUCCCAAGCAGCAGACUGCUUUGUGUUCUCAUUUGAAGGAGGAGAUGCUUCCUCCCUUGCGAGUGAUUGUAACCAACCGAGGCCCAGAUACCGAACUCCUGGUUGCUAAUCCUGUGGAACUAUCUGGAAAGGGAAGGCCCCGCGUCUUUUAUGAUGUUACAUUGGCCCUAAAGAUGUUAGGAAUAUGUAUUUUCUCAGCUGAAAUCGGAAGACAUUCAACUUCUGAACGCCAGUGGGAAGUUUAUAGAUUUCUUCUGGACGAAAGUCCUGAGUUACCAUUAGCAAGCAAGCAAGCUAGAAAUCAGAUUGUGGAAAGAGUGAGAAACACAUUGAUGGGAUGGUGACCUGUUGUGGAAAGAGUGAGAAAAACAUUGAUGGGAUGGUGAGCUGCCUGCUGAUCUAUGUUAACUUAUAUCUGCAGAAAACCAUUUCAUAUUACAUUCAACUCCUUUUUUCUCUCACCGCUAUCUCUUGGUUGUUCAUCAGCCAGAUUGAGUCUCUCUGUAUAAAGAGUGUGUCAGUUUUGGUGGUAUGGAUUCAAAAAAUCUCUGGUCACGCAGCCAAAAGAUUUUGAUGAUUUGAAACUUUCCUAAGUUGAAGUUACUUGGCACUUUUGGCCUUUGUAGGCUCUGAAUAUUGUAACAUAGUUCCAUAUGUGUAUGUUGCUUAUCCAAUAUCAAACUUGGUUUUGUGCAUAAGAUAAAAAUCA